AUGGUGGAAAACGGCGCAUCUAGUGGGGGAAGCGAUAGCCCAAACGCAACUUGUGUGCGUUCAGGUCUUCUGGAAACUCUGGUGCGAGGCGUCUGGUAUAGAGUACAUUGCUCUUUAGAAGAGGAUUAUUUUAGUGUAUGUCUGGAUGAUGGAUAUGACGCAACAACAACAUUAAAUGGAUCUAUCAAUAAUAACAAUGUAGAGACUCCUAAUAGUGAUUUCACAGAAGUGCCCGAAGCAAUUGCAAACCAAAAACGUUUAGUGCAAGUAGUGAAGUCUGACAAUAAUGGUUUGGGUAUUUCUAUUAAAGGGGGAAUAGAAAAUAAUAUGCCAAUAUUAAUAUCUAAAAUAUUCAAAGGAAUGGCAGCUGAUCUAACAGAACAGCUAUAUGUUGGCGAUGCAAUAUUGUCAGUUAAUGGGGAAGAUUUAAAGGAUGCAACACAUGAAGAAGCUGUGAAAGCUUUAAAAAGAGCUGGUAAAAUGGUGCAGUUAGAAGUGAAAUAUUUACGUGAAGUAACACCAUACUUUCGCAAAGCAUCGAUUAUUAGCGAAGUUGGCUGGGAAUUACAGCGUGGCUAUAUGGCUGAAUCGCCACCUUCACCGCCCUCCCCUCACCGUCGUCGUGUUGAUACACGUUAUGUACCUUUGCUAAUGGCGUGUGUUGCUAAAAAUUUACGUCAUCAUGACCCAGAGGAUCGCACGAUUGAAGUGUACUCGCCGGACGGAGUCCACGCAUUGGCAUUGCGAGCAGGGUCGGCAGCGGCGGCAGCAGGCUGGCACCGCGCAUUACACGCUGCCGCCCGGCGCGCCGCCCGCGCUGCGCUAGCGCGUGCUCGUCCGCGCCUGCGUUCCCUUUUGGGUGACGUACGCUAUGCUGGAUGGCUUGCGCGCAGGCCUCCACAAGACCAAGUAAGUGCAUCUGGUGGUUCAGACAGCUCGGACGAGGCGGAGGGGUGGCAACCAACUUUCGUGGCUAUCACAGACCGCGAACUCAGGUUAUAUGAAGCUGCACCGUGGUCAGCUGAAGCAUGGUGCGCGCCCACAGAGAGUUUUAGUCUUGCAGCGACGCGAUUAGCGUGGUGGAGGCGUGGGGCUGCUAACACAGGUAACGGCGUUGGUGGGGGUAGUGGCGGGGGUGGGGGUGGUGGUGGUGGUGGCGGUGGGGCGGCGGCGCUGGGCGUGCGUGCGGGCACGCCAGCGGGGCUGUGCGUGCGCGCGCUGCGGGCGGACACGCCCCACGACCUCGCCGCCGUUGCGGGCGCGCUUGUAGACGGCGCCCAUCACGCCGUGCGUGCGCAACCAGAGUUCACCUUCCGUUGUAGGUUCCGCGGCGUGUGCGCGCGUCUAUCGCUGGGCGCGGGCGGCGCGUGCGUGUGGGAGGCGGCCGGGUCGCUGGGGCGGGGCGGUGCGCGCGCCCUCUACCGCCGCCCGCUGCACGCGUUACGCGCCUCCGCUGACGACGACCGCUCCGCACUGUGGCUGCACUUCGCCGACGACGACACCAUAGAAUUGGAUAUGGAAGGUAGUCCGAAACCAGCGGUGUUUAUAUUGCACAACUUGUUAUCUGCGCGUGUGCACGCCUUGCCCGGUGAAACGGCCACGCAUCCGCUAUAA